AUGUUAGAUUGGUCAACGGCAUUCAAUAACAUCGAAUCGGUAGAACCGUACAUGAAAAUGUGUUCAAGAUCUUUAAGUGAUUUCUUUAUCGUUCUGUUGUUGAUUUCGGAAAGUGCUGCUGUCAUCCUAUGGCGUCCUGGUACAAAUUUUUCGAAGCUCUUCGCCGACUAUAGGAAAGAAGUGCCGAGGGGUCAAUCACCCAGGGGUAUUAAUUCAGGGUGGUUAGAUGAGGCGUCGUGUUGUCGCGACUUGGUGGCGCGACAACCGGCGAGACUAACACCUCUCGCAGGCUGCUUUCUCGAACAGAAUAAAACCUUCACGCAGGGUGAUUCAGAGGGAAAUACUGAAAUUUUUCAUAUUCAUAUUUUAAAGUGA